GUGGUCCGUGUACUUUGCGGCCAAUGGAUUUUCGUUUUGAAAUGAGAAAACCAAAAUCGGGAAACGAGCUGUUUCCCGAUUACCAUAUAGAGAUAGGAAAACAAAAAUCCGAAAAUGACCCAUUUUCCGAAUUUUGUUUUGAUAAUAGAAAACGGAAAACGGUAAAACGACCAGUUAUCUGAUUUUCUUUGAUGUGCUUAAACAUGGACAUCGGGAAUUAAAAUACUGCGUGGAAAUCUUCUUUCUCAAUUUUGCGAAUAUUUUUGUGUUGUGACCCGGAAGCUAUCAGUAGUUGGCGCGCGGUGUAUUUAAUUUGGAGCCAAGCUAUCAGUAGUUGGCGGUGUAUUUCAUUUGGAGCCAGACAUCCUUGAGACGCACCUCAAAAUGGCAUUGCACGAAUAUGCAGGUUUUAUUUCAGAACACCGAAAUAAUGGAAUGUCCUGUGGGGAUAUCGCCACUGCGUUAUGCACCCAGUUUGGAACUACACGGGGGUUUUCCGAGAGGAAUGUGCGGAGGUGGUGUGCUGAGCAGGGGCUUGUCAGGGACUUCUGCCCUGAUAGUCAACUUGAAGUUGAAGUCGCUGAAGGUAUUCUCGAGACUGGAUCGUCUUUUGGUCGAAAAAUGAUGACUGGAUAUCUAUCCGCAAAAGGGGUUAAAGCUUCUGAAGGCAGAGUGGGCAAUGUGUUGAGAAGUAUUCAUCAACCCUACCACAUUGCAAGACAGCAGGGUGCCCGGAAUCUGAACCCCAUACCCUACAAUGCAGAAUACAUGGGUCACAAGCUGCAUGUAGAUCAGAAUGAGAAGCUUGUUAUGUUUGGAGUGACUCAUGUUAUGGCUAUCGAUGGUUUCAGCAAGAAGGUGGUCGGUCACUCCACCAUGCCAAUAAAGAACAACAUCGUGAUUUAUGAGGAAGUGUACCGGCCUGCUGUUCUUUCCUAUGGAAUAUGGGACCAGGUCAGAGUUGACUGUGGGAAAGAAUUCUAUCUGGCUUUAUUCAUCCAGGAAAAACUGGCAGAACAUCGACACAAUACUCAAAGGCAGCCCUACCUUCAGACACCUUCUACAAGGAACCAUGUGAUAGAGAGAAUGUGGUCGGAGGUGAAUGCUCGAGUCAACUACCCUUUGAAGACAGCUCUGGUACAGCUGGUGGACCAGGAGGAACUGGACAUGGAGGACAACACAUCCAGGUAUUGUGUGUCAAACCUGACAUGCCAGCUGGCUAGGAUUGGCAUCACAAAUGUCGUACAGGCAUGGAAUGCACACAGGAUCCCAGGUAUGAUUAAUUUCAUUUUACUGGCGGUAUUACAGGCAUAACUUGCUAAUAAAGCAGUGUAAAUUAAUUUUGAUGUUCUAUUGUAGAGUUCAAUCUGAAAUGGAUUCACAAAUGUGUAGCUCAAAUUGCAACACUGCAAAUCCAGUACUUUCUGUAGAGGGGCAGAUUCAAUUAGUAAAACAUGUUAUUAGUUAGAAUCAAGUUUUUUGGACGUUGACCAUGUUCUUGCUUUUUUAGAUGACUUCUACAGGUUUGGAGUUGAAUGUAAAUGAAUACAUGCUCAAAGCACAGACAUUCAUCUUUAAUUUGAGGGCAUUUACAUUGGGUGAAUUUUGUAGGAAUGACCCCCAUCUGAAUGAAGCUGUCAUUAUUGUCAACUCCAAUAUGCUGUGAAAGACAACUAAAAUAACAAGUCAAAACAUCAUUGGCAAAAUGAUUACCUCCCCACAAGUGUAACCCCUUUAAUCUCACUACUCACUUUACUGUCUUGCAGGAAGGGGAAUACCAAACGAACUGGCUAAAGAAGGGUGUCCUGCAAAACUUUCUGAGGACCUUCUGCCAGUCGGUGCAGUUGCAGCUGACCUGUAUCAGCAGGAAAUGGGAUCAGCCUUGAAAAGAGAAUCCAUUUUUGGAAGUGAUCCUUUCCCCUCUGAAGAAGCCCAACAAUGGACUGAAACUGAGUUUGGUUCUCUCUUUGAUUUGCUAUCCCUCUUCCAAAAUGUGGUUAACCAUAACUAUGGCCCUUUUAAAAAUGCAGUGAGGUCUCUGAUUGAUAUCACCUCAAGACAUGUGCGACCUGUUACACAGUGACCUGCAAUGGUCAAUGAAGAAGCAGUAUACCAAAAAUAACAUUUUAUUACAACAAUGAUAAAGUGGAAGUUGUCUUUUUUCUUUUCUUUUUUUUAAAACGGUCACACACAAUAUAAACAUUACAACAAACAACAUCUUUCUGGUCAUGUACCCAUAAUAACAUCCAACAAACAAACUGAGGUAGUUCCAGUAAUGUAAACAUAACAAACAAUAACAAACAAUUAUCUAUCAAAUCAAAUCAAUUUCUCUCUCCUUGAAAAGUGACAAGGCAGCAGAGAGACCCUUCACUUCAUGUAUUUUAUUUUCAAAGUCUCCUGCCCUGCAUUUCAAGCAGUGGUCUGAUGUGACUAACCACAGCUCCACACAGGUACGACAU